AUUUUUUCUUGGCUUUAAAGAUUUCCCUUUUUGUUCUUUAAGCAUUUAAAGGACACUAGUUUAUGUACUCUCUUCAUAUGUCAGUUUGAAUAUUUUGCCUCAAGAAGAAGUUGGAUAUUCAUUGCUCUGCACCCAGGUGCUGUUCUUUGUGCAACGAUUGAAUGGGUGGAUUAUGGGGGAGAUUUUGCGUUUCAUAGCAUUCAUGGGUGUGUUUUUCUUGUAGGUAAAGAUGGAAAGAACUAGGAGGGAAUUCAUUAACUGGUAUCUUACAUUUAUUAUCAUGAAGAUAGAACAAAAGCGUGGGUGGCGGUCGUUAGUACCUCAUUAUCUACGAGCCAGACCUAGCACUCGCUUUUGCAUGUUUCAUAAAGUACAGUCAUCGAGCUAUAGUCCUUGCGAGACACCUGUCUAUCUGAAUGUGUAUGACUUGACAGCCAUCAACGGCUAUGUCUAUUGGGCAGGCCUUGGUAUCUUUCACUCUGGUUUGGAAGGUCUGGUUGAUGGAGUAGAAUAUGCUUUUGGAGCCCAUGAUCUCGCAGCAAGUGGCGUCUUUGAGAUUGAGCCUCGACAGUGCCCUGGCUUCAAGUUCAGAAAAUCAAUUUAUAUGGGGUCAACUUACAUGGAUCCUUUUCAAGUUAGAGAAUUUGUUGAGCAACAAUCUGCACACUACUAUGGCAAUUCAUAUCAUUUGGUUGUAAAGAACUGCAACCACUUCUGUGAGGAUAUAUGUUACCAGCUAACUGGGAAUCGGAUUCCAAAAUGGGUGAAUCGAUUAGCCAAUAUAGGUUCACUAUGCCACUCUAUCCUCCCAGAGGCCCUUAAAACUCCUGCUAUAAGACGUGAACCAGAUUUCCGUUGCUCUGAUGAUGAAAAGAAGAGUCUGACUAAUGCCUUCAGUUGCUUCACAUCAAUGUCCAUGCAUCACAAGGAGAGGGAAGUAUCAAUUAAUUCCUUGUUCCUACAUUCCCACUACAAAGGUUGCUUACCUCCAUGGGAAAACAAAAAGUCUGAUGAUGACUCUGAACAAAGGUCAUGAAGAGUUGAUUUUAAGUCAUCGGUAGAAAUGCAACAUGCAAAGUGAAGAUAUCUGCAGCCCUCAACAAGGUUUUACCAGGAGAAAUUUGUUAAAUCUUUUAUGCCUUUGUGUAAAUUGUAUUCUUGUGCAUGAAAUUUGAAUAUGUAAAGUCUGUAUUUCACAGCUCAGAAAAAAAAUCCCGGAUUUGCGCUGCGCCUUUUUUUGGCUAAUCGAAAAUGCUCCCUUUUCUGUACCUUCGGCAAGUUGGAACUUCCAUUUGCAUUUCAAAAGUUCAGUAAUGUGAAUUAGGUUUAGCAUAA